AUGUCGUAUCCUUAUAACACUGAAUUUUUUGUCCGCUUCCCAAAAUUCAAAGAGAGGGAAGAAAGCGAAAGGACUGUAGAUCCCAGGAUUGAGUUGGAAAAAAAAUGUCAAGCAAAAUGCGUUCGACCUGUGAAUGAAUACCAGAGUUGUGUAAAUCGUGUGCAAGCCAAGCCUGAAAUGAAGGGAAAUUGUCUUGGGCAGCAUGAGGAAAUGUAUAUAUGUAUCGAUCAUUGUGUUGCAAAGGAUUUAUUCAACUACCUUGUAUAG